AUGAUACACACUUUAUACAAUUCAAGGGGAGGCAUAAAAAAUUUGUCAAAAUUAAGAACGAAAUGUUAUUAUAGGAAACAAUUUUUAAAAUUACAACAGAGACACAUUUCAAUAUUUAAUAAUGAAGAAAUUAAAAACAAAAGCGAAAAUAAUUUAACGAAUAAUAGUACAGGCCUUAUUAAACUAUAUCAAGAGCUAAUUAAAACAAACAAAAUAGAGGAGGACCCUUACCAGUACAAAUUAAUUUUAAUUUUGCAAGCACUCGAAAAUAACUUGAAUAACUGUUAUCAUUGUAUCGAGAAGAAUUCAGAAAAAAAAGAGACAGUAAAAAAAACGUUCUUUGGUUCUUUUUUCAAAAAGGAGAAGAAUAAAAAAGAUAAGGAAGGUGUUGAAAUAAGGGAAGCAGAAGAGGAAAUAAGAAAAGAGGAUUUUCAAAAUGAUGACAACUUCUUUAUAUACGAAGAAAAAGAGUACAAUAGUAUUAAGGGGGAGAACAAGUUAAGAUAUAGGAAUGUGCAGGAUGAGAAUUAUUUUUAUGAUAAUAACAAUAAUUUUGCAGAUCAAAAUAAGAUAAAAUAUAUUAGGGGGUUGUAUGUUCAUGGGAGCGUAGGUAGAGGAAAGACAUAUUUUUUAAAUUUAUUAUUUGAUAGAGUUAAGUUAGGGAAAUUAAAAAUUCAUUACCAUAAUUUUAUGCAACAAGUUCAUAAAAAUUUUCAUGAGGAAAAGAUAAAUAACUCAGAAGAUGCAAUAAAAAGUAUAUCUGUAAAAAUGAGUAAGAAAUAUAAAUUAAUAUUUAUUGACGAAUUUCAAGUAGUACAUAUAUCAGAUGCAAUGGUCAUUAAAACAUUAUUUAAUCAUUUAUUUUAUCAAGGUACUGUGUUACUGUGUUCCUCUAAUAGGAAUCCUGUACAUCUUUAUCACAAUGGGUUAAAUAGAGAAAGAUUCAUACCAUUUAUAAAAUUAUUGUUUAAAUUUAAUUAUAUAUUUGAAAUUGACAAUUACCAUGAUUUUCGAUUAAAAAAUAAUGAUACGGAUAAUAAUAUUUAUAACAUACCUACAAGAAAUUUUGAACAAGUUAAAAACAUAUGUAAUGACAUAUAUUGUAAGACGUAUAAUAAAGAUUUGAAUUAUAUUAAGAAUGUGGAAAAGUACAAUCAAAUUAUUUCCGUUUCUGAUUUAAAAAAAUAUGUCGUACCUUACAGUUUAAAUAAUUACGCAAUUUUUUCUUUUCAAGAAUUAUGUGGUCAGAAUAUUAGUAUAGAUGAAUUUAAUGCUAUAUCUAAAUAUAACCAUACUCUAUUUAUUUAUAACAUUGAACAAAUGAAUGAAGAUAAUAAGGGAAAUGAAAUGAGAAGGUUUAUAUUAUUAAUUGAUAUCUUAUAUGAAAAAAACACAAGAGUUUACUUUUUCAGUGAUAUUCCUAUAUUUCAAAUUUUUCAGACAACUACCAUUAUAUCGCACUUUCAACACCUCCUUGAUAAAAUGAAAGAGAAAUAUAGUAGCUUCAAUCAUUUCAAAAAAAACUGUAACAGCCUGUUAAAAUUUGAGAGUUUUAACAAGGAAAUAUUUGUCAAUAUUAUGACUCCCUUGGCUAUAAAUGAAGAAAUAUGCCUUAAGCUUUUUGAUGCCAUAAACUAUAAUGUCAAUAAGGAAUACAUACCCAUAGAAUACUUAAGGAACGUUUUAAACUUCCACAUUACGAAUUAUGAGGUUGACGCAAAAAGACAUCUUAAAUAUUUGGAGGAUAAACAUGUGCGCUUAGAACCCUUUCCGUAUUUGUUAUUUGAUGAGAAUGAAAUAGAUACCUCUCAAGAAAAUUCAUUUGCCUCUACGAGGACUUUAUCGCGAAUGAAACAUAUGAGCACACUACUGUACCUGGAGAAGCACAAAAAAAUGUAUGAGCAUAACAUAUAA